AAAUCUGAAACUUGUAUUCAUAUUGAAAACGACAGCUACAAUAAUAUGUCGUUAAAAUUGUCAGUGAAAUCUAAAAAACAUAUAAACAUUUCCCUCCCAAUCAGAAACUCUUCUCAAAAAGGUUAGGCUAAUCCAAAACCAACCGGAAUCCGAAUGCACCGGAGGAGGAGGCGCGGCGAACAUCAGGAGGAAUGCCGGUUUUGGAUGAACACUUCAACUUAUUUGACGAGUGUCAUGACUUGCCAGAGGGACGCAUUCCUCGCUGGUGGUUCGGAGGGUUCUCCUCGAUCUGUGUUGCCUGUGCGGUGGCGCCCAUCGAUAUCGUGAAGACGCACAUGCAGAUCCAGAAACAGAAAAGAUCCAUUUUAGGAACGACCCAGAAAAUAUACAGAUUAAGGGGAAUUUGGGGUUUUUACGAUGGCUUUUCCGCUGCCAUCCUUCGACAGAUGACCAGCACCAAUAUCCACUUUGUAGUGUAUGAAACUGGCAAGCAGAUGGAGUACGUCAGGGAGGAUUCAAUACUGGGCAAGAUUGUCUUGGGCUGCGUAGCUGGUAUAAGUGGAGCCGCCUGUGGAAUUCCCACCGACCUUGUCAACGUGCGCAUGCAGACUGAUAUGAAGGAGCCGCCGGAAAAGCGACGCAAUUAUAAGAAUGUCUUUGAUGGCCUAGUUCGAAUUCCCAAGGAGGAGGGCUGGACGGCACUGUACAAGGGUGGAUCGGUAGCGGCCUUAAAGACAACCGUAGGGACUUCGAGCCAGAUUGCACUUUACGACAUUAUUAAAACGGAAGUUCGGAAAAAUACUUCUGUGAAAGACGGCAUACCCCUGCAUUUCCUCACCUCGCUGGUGACAUCUAUCAUUUCGUCCUCGUUCACCCACCCCUUGGACGUGUUGAGGACCAUCAUGAUGAACUCCAGACCAGGAGAGUUCCCCACCCUCUUCCACGCGUCCGUCCACAUGAUGCGGUUCGGCAUAUUGGGACCCUACCGCGGUCUGGUUCCAACGAUAGUGCGAAAAGCACCUGCCACCACUUUGCUAUUUGUUUUGUACGAACAGCUGAGACUUCAUUUCGGAAUAUGCUCCCUGGGAGGGGACUAAUAUUAAAAAAUACCAUGUGAACUUUUAAUAAAGUUUUUGUACUAUAAAACAAGAUUGUGAAAAUAUAAAGCUACCUUUUAGAAAACAAUAAACUAAACAAAAAAUGAA